AAGGUCGAAGUCGAGCACCUCGAGCACGAUGCGCCCGGACUUGCGCCCGUCUCAGCCUAUGCUGAUCUCGGGUUCUUGGCCACUCUGAAGACGUUCCGGAGGACCGCCCUGUUAUGCGUCAUGGCUCUCUUUACGGCAUGUUCGGAUGGGUAUCAAUAUUCGUUGCCGGGGAACUUGGUGGCGGAGAAGAGUUUCAUCGCCAAAUUUGCGACCUUGACUUCGGACGAUGGACCUGCGCUUGAUCCUCAACAUGUAGCAAUUUGGGGAGGAGUCUACAGCGGGGGUUACAUCGCCGCCUUGCUCGUAGGAGGAUAUCCAGCAGACUACUUUGGUAGACGUUUCAAUAUCGCGCUCCUCACGCUGUUCAUGGUCGCAGCUUGCUUAGUCGAGAUGUUUGCGAAAGACUGGCAAACAUGGACGGCCGCCAAGUUGUUCAACGGGUUCUCGGUCGGACUCUGCCAGUUGACGCUGACCACCUAUGUCAGCGAAUUGGCACCGGUUCAACUUCGAGGAGGGCUCUUGAUCGUCUAUUCGUUCUGGUUUGCUAUGGGCCAAUUUACCAACUCCAUCGGCGUCUAUGUCAUCCAAUCCAUGGACACCCGUCCUGAGCUUUACAAGCGGUUGGUCUACACCGAAUGGCUGUUCAGCGGACUGGUUUUCAUGACACUGUUGGUCCUGCCCGAGUCACCUCCCUGGUUGCUGCGAAAAGGCAAACGAGAAGCCGCUGCCAAGGCGCUCAAGCGAUUGAACGGCGGUAUACCCGGCUACGAUAUCGAGCGCGAACUCCAGGUGAUGCAGCUCGACCUCGAAGGGAUCGCCGUAGCGGGAGAAGCAGAGGCGAAAAAGACGUCCUACUUCGACCUCUUCAGGGGGACCGACUUGAGGCGGACCUUGAUCUCGUUUUCGAUCUUGGGGUGGCAACAGACGAUCGGGAUCCCGGUCGUGUUUGGUUAUACCGCUUUAUUCUUCAAGGAGGCUGGUCUUGCGAACCCGUUCUUGGGGACCAUCAUCAUCAACAUCAUAUUGAUUGGCACGGUCUUUACAUCGUCGUUCGUCGUCGAAAAGACGGGAAGACGACCGAUGUUGCUGUUGGGCGGUACUAUCAUGGUCGCCUGUCUCACUGCUAUCGGAGGACUGGGCUUCGCUUCGGGUACUUCUGUCAGCGCCGCCAUCGUCGCAUUGAUGUGCAUUUGGGUUCUCGCCUACGCCUCGAGUGCGGGGCCGAUGGGUUACCUCUUUUUGGGCGAGAGUUCGACCGCCGCCUUGCGAGCCCGGACAGCAGGUUUCGCCGCCGCCAUGAGUGGUGUCUUUGGCUUGAUCUUCAACUACACGACCCCACUAAUGCUCCUUUCCGACGGAGACGGCGCAGGGUGGGGGAUCAAGACCGCCUUUCUUUUCGCCGGACUCGGGUUCAUUGGGCUCGUCUUGAUCUACUUCUUUGUGCCAGAGCACAAGGGUCGAAGUUAUGCCGAGCUCGACGAGCUUUACAACAGGCGCGUCCCGGCGCGGAAAUUCGCCACGACCAAGACCUACUUACAAGAGCAGGCGCAAGGGGUUUAAAGGGGUACUUUUAUUAUCUCUGUUCUUUUCAAGUUUAUUUCGCCGUGGCUGAUGAGAGCUCGUGC